AUGGCAGAAUUAAGAAAUUUGCUCAUCUCGCAAGUUGAAACAAUCGACUCGAUAAAGCGAGUUCUCGUUAACUUCAAGAAAUUAGCGAAAGCUAAUGUUACAUUAGCAAAGACGCAGGGGCGUCUUGCAACGCUGGAAACGCUUUGGACUUCCUGUCGAGGGCUACACGUCAAGCUGCUGCAAGCCACAACUUCGGAGGAGCAGAAGACUGUCUCGUAUUUCCUGAAUGGAGACUUCCUGAGCGCCGAGGAGAUCUACCACGACACGGCCGACCUCCUUCGCGAUACGAUAAGUCGAUUCUCAAUUAAUCAAUCUCCGUUGUUAGAACACAGUACUGAUUCUUCAAUUCGCGAGGGCAUUCAUAAUCACAAUUUUCAGUUGCCACGGAUCUCACUUCCGAAGUUUUCGGGCAAGUUCUCCGAAUGGGAGAGUUUUAAAAAUACUUUCGAGUCUCUUGUCGCGAGUAAUGAUUCUCUCUCGAACACGCAGAAAUUUCAUUACCUCAAAACGAGCGUCAUCAGUGACGCUGCCUCGAUUAUUAGUAAUUUAAAGAUUUCCGACGCUAAUUAUGAGUCCGUCUGGCAGUUGUUGAUUGACGAGUAUGAUGAUCAACUUACGUUGAUCCAUACUCACAUUCACGCCUUCAUGUGCCUACCGACAAUGAAGACGGAAAACGUCGCGGAAAUGCGAAAGUUGAGAGAUACCGUGUCCGCAUCUCUAGCGGCUCUCACUAAUCUAAAGCGGCCGGUACGCGAUCGCGAGCUUCCUUCGUACAAGGAUAUUCAUGAAUUCCUCACGCUUCGAAUACGAGGUCUGUCGGACUUCUCCGACAAUCCUAAAGUAAUCGUCAAUUCUAAGAGUGACAAAACGCAGUCCUCCGUUCAUAAUCUUUCCGCGAUUAAGUGCAUUUGCUGUUCCGGCAGUCAUUCGCGGCAUGCCAUCGCGCGACAGAAUCGGGUCUGCUUCAAUUGUUUGCGAGCGGGACAUUUCACGCCGAAAUGCUCGAGCAAAAUUCGAUGCGCUCAUUGUCAACGCUCUCAUAACACAUUGUUACACAAUGAGAGUGAUCAAAAUAAGGACACAGCGGAAAAUUCCCGUUUAUCGAAUUCGAGCGUUAAUGCGUCUACUACCACGAGUAAGACUGUCGUAGUCGGCGACGCCGCCGUCGCCAGCGUGCAAACUCUCAAACCUUAG